AUGAAAGGUCUUUCCGGAAGGCAACUGGAAGCUUUCCAGAUGGUGAUGAGCCGGAUGGAAAGACUCGAACGCGAAAACCAGGAGCUGAUGCAGCUGUUGAUUCAGAUGCAAGGUCUGCUUCAGCAAACUCAGCAGCGAAAUGCGCAGCUUGUAGGACAAGCGCGGGCCGAGGCUGUCAAUUCUGUCACUGGCAACGCGGCUGGAGUUGCGCUCGAGGCUCAGCGACAGAUGGCGCAGGCGCGGAUCUCGUCUUUGCCAGUCUCUCUGCCUCGGCUCGGCUCGUCAAGGCCCCCUCCCGGCCGCCGCCACCCUUUGCAUUGCAGGCGACUCCAUUCGAGUGAUUCUGGUGUUCUUUUGCGGGAUUACUUGGUCAAAGUCUAUCAUCUUUGGUCACUGCGUCCGUUCCUCGAAACUGGUAAGAAACAAACAGCUCAGCUGAGACGCCGCUCACGCCACCUCCUGCGCCUGCGACAGCGCAAACUGUGCCUGACCUAG